CGACAUGAGACUGUACUGCACGUUGUUGCUGUUGCUGGUGUUGAGCGCAUCGCUUGCAUUGGCGCAGUGGUGCCACGGCUCCCGCACACCCGUGUCCUGGUACCUGAUCUUCAAGCCGUCGCCUGAGGCUGACUUUAUGUACAUUGACUCUGUCCUUCCAGAGCCAGUCGCGCUGACAUCCGCGUGCAUGCGCGGAAGCCGCAUCGUUGCUCAGAAGGCGCGGACGGAGUUUGCACAGCUGCUGAGCGAGCAACACCAAGCCACACUACGGACAACGCUAAGCCAGGCACGGAUGAAGGAAGGUGUCAUGGAGACUCGUGCGGCCGCCGAGGCAGCUCAGGCCAAGACUUCGCUGCUUGAAGCCGAAACCCUGCUUCGAGCCCCAUUUGCGCCCGAAUCAGGUCUGCCGAACAUUGCCUAUCUCGGGCGAGGCUACGACGUCGUUCGCGGCAACCCUCAGAGCACUGGCACAGAGGUCGACCCUGGCAUCCGCGCGUCCAUCAUGGUGUUGGAGCAUGCAGAGCGCCGCAUGACAGCCGACGGCAAGUUCUAUGUUCCAGAUAAUGUGGAUGUCAUCAUGGAGCCGGUCAACCGAUUUGAGUCAAGUUCGAAGCUUGUUCGUUCCGAGCAAAGCUACAAGACCAUGCUCGAGAGCGACCUGAAGAUUCGUGCAAGUGCUUCAUAUGGUCCGUUCGCCAAGGGAUCGUUCUCUGCCAGCGAGUCAUACCAGCAGGUUCGCGACUCGAUGCUCAAGCGUGAGAGCAUGUUUUUGGACUCUCGUGCGGAAACAGUGUCAUACCGUGCGCGGCUCGAGGACACAUUGCCGCUCAAGCUCACGGCCGAGUUUCGCCACGCAGUGCAGCGUCUCACACCCCCCGCGUUGUUUAGUCAAUGCUGCAUCACAGUCAAUCCGGACGCGGACCCUGAUGUCCGUUGCUUCCCUGUUGAGUGCUCAGCGUACGACGAUUUGUUGGAAACAUUUGGCACGCACUACAUGCAUGAGGUGACGAUGGGCGGCCGUGGCAUGCAGCGAUUUUCCAUCGACAUGAGCGAAGCAGCCACGUUGGACGAAACUGUCACGGGAUCCACUGUUGCAACGGAAAUCUCUGGCGGGUUUGGGGCAUUCUCGGCAUCGAUUGGCUUUGACAUGUCCAUGAAAUUGUCUCAGCAAGCGCGCUCCAUGUCAAUGUCCUCAACCUCAAAAUCAACCGAGUGGUUUAUCGGCGGUGAGCCAGGCCUCGGUCAAUUCUCGGCCGACGAUCUGUUGACCUCUCUCAAGGACUGGGCGCGUACUGUCGGAAGCAACCCGGUUCCCAUUCGCAUGCAAGUGGCGCCAAUCAUCGAGCUCCUGGACGCCCUUCUCUUUCCUGAAGACCCCCACAUUGCCGACAAGCAGACGCUUCUUGCAUCCUACCUUGCGAGCUACUGCGAGUCUGUGAGUGGAGCAAACUGCGGCGAUGGCGGCGACCGUGACUUCACCGGCGAUGAGACAGUUUUGCGCUAUGGAGACUUUGUCACGCUGGACCAGCUCACCGGUGUCAGCGAAGGCUAUCGGCUUCGCGCCACGACUGCGGCUGCCUCCGCGCCCUCGGCAAUCUCGUCGCAGGUCAGCGCGCUUAGCAGCACAAGUCGAUUCCUGGGUGUUCGUCUUGACUAUUCGAACGCCACCCAUGAUUUUCCGAUGCAAACCUAUGAGGGCGAUUCCAUGUCCUUCCAAGUCGUCGCUCUGCGCAUCGAGCGGUUCUGCUCGUGCAUGUACGCGUCCAACGACUACAACUCGAUUCGCUUCCAAUCGCGUUUCCCGCCAAUUCUCAUCUCCCAGAAACCGUCGUACAAAUUCAGCGUGGUCGGCAACGAAGGCUCUUGCCCAUACUCGACGCUCCAGACCGAGAACAUGUUUGCGUACAGCCGCGAUCGGAGCGACAAGGUGUUUUACUACGCGUACGACGAUGACUGGUGGCGCUGGUCCUGCGAGAAUACCAAGCCUGGCGACUGGGCACGCGACCAAGCCAGUGCCAGCUUCCAGGUCGUCGAACGGUUUGCUUUCUCAACUAGGGAGAACCACUUUUUCAGGAUUAUCUCGCCACUCCUCCUCACCACUCUCGACAAGCAGCCAGUGUUCUACGGCGACGAGCUGCACCUUGUUUCGGUCGAUGGCUCCAUUACGCUCGGCGCCGGGAACAAGCUAGAAUCUGUCGAUCAAGGGUCGAAUACCACCUUGCCGCCAAUGCGCUUCAAGAUCUACGGACGGAACUCGACCUUUGGCACGCCUGUGCGGCGCUCAGAACGUGUCAUGUUGCAGACAAUGCCGGACUCGCAAAACGAAUACUUCAGGAAGUUGACUGGCAACCGUCGGUUCAACACGUACAUUCCCAUGUUUUUGCAACUGGCCACGUCCGCGCCGGUAGCCCCCUCCGGAGGCACUCAGUUGGAUUACUCAAUGCUUCGCAUCAUGAAACCGUUCCCAUUGAGCGUUUCGCGGCUCUCGGCCUUCGAGUGGGUUUUGAACAAGGCGCCUAAACUGGACACUCCAGCUGCUGACAACGUCCUCUCCUUCAUCAAGCAGCCCACAAUGGCCGUCACGGUGCUCCAGCCCUUCUCUGCGUUGGAAAUGACGAGCAACACCAAUGGCACUGUGGUUUUGGCGGUUGUCUUUUCGGAUCCAGUUGUUCGCACCUCCGUUCCGCCUCCGCAGUUUGUGGGUUUGGAUUGGAUUCGUCCCAAGCGCCUGUGGCCAAACAACUUUGCUGUUCGUCUGCAACCCACCGUGUCCUCGGUCGGCACCGUUACUGGAAAUGGCACCGUUACUGGAAAUGUCACAAACGUCGUGUAUGAGGAAGCGCAGCUGCAGGUGCAUUUGGUUGUCACUGUCACUUUCGGUCGGCAACUUGCCGUUGGCGACACAAUCACAACCACCGCCGUUAACGUCGAAGGCGCGAAUGAGCAGCCCAUCUUCCAGCCCACACAAGCCGUGCAGCUCAACUUUGAGCCAGUGCUCCAGCUCGCUUUCGUUCAAUGGAAUGUCACGAAUACCACAACUGUGCUUGCUCCGUUUGACACUUUGCGUGUCGCCACGGUUCGUGCCGACUUCAGCGAGCCGGUCUUUUCCGCGGCGUCUGGCGGAUCUCUCGACGUUUCGUGCUUUGCUCUUUUGGGCUUCGACGUCGCCAGCUCGGGAGUGUUUGCUGCGAACGCCACCAUCCUUGCCGUGACGCUUGUGCCAGGCUCCAAUAGCACUGCCUAUUUGCUCGAUCUGUCCUAUUUCCAGCUUGGUCCGUACGAUUCGCCGCUUUCGGCACCGAUGUACUACGUCUUCCCCACUGGCGCUGGCAUUAUCACACGCGGUACCGAACACCGUGCUGCAACCGCGGUUCGAGCUGAUUUGCGCGUACCUGUGACUCUUCCUGUUCCGCCGGCCUGA